CGGGGGCCGGGCGAAGUCACUGUAAGCUCGAGCUUGUGGUCACCUGGAAGCCGCUCAAGGACGCGUGGGUGGUCCCCGGACCCCACGUUGGGAAACCCUCCCUGCCACAGCCCUCCAAGCUCCUGCAGCUCCAACUUCACGAGAAGAGGAUCUCUCCUUGUCAGUGCCUGCAGCAGACGAGGCUGAGCCCGGGUCGACUUUGAAGACAGCGGAUGCGUAAAGGUGGAGCAGACCGAGCGUGAAAAUACCAGAAGGAAGGGAAAAAAGAAAAAAAGACACAAACCACAGGUGUGUCGGAUGAAAGGACAGGUAAGCGGCAUCCACGGGGAAUGUAUUAGUGUUACACCUUGCAUUCAUUCCUUGAUGAGCUGGUGGAAGUGAACAAUAGGAGGCAUAUUUCAUGAAUGGGGAGUAUGAUAACAAGGUCACCUCUGCUCCACUUGUACGCUUGGCGAGUUUUAAGUGCGCUCACUGUGACUGCUUGUUCGAAGCGGCCCUCAUUUAUGUCAUCGGGCCAUUAGGAACCGACUUGGCCCGGCGGCGCAGCUCGGAUAAUAAGGCUUCUGUGAUGGAGUGGCGAGAGCAGUCCUCUGUCAGCUGCGACGAAGCCUACUUGGAGGCGCAGAGAUGGAUUGAGGCUGUAACCAAGAAAAAAUUUGGGAGUAACGACUUCCGAUCAGCGCUGGAGAAUGGCGUUCUGUUCUGUGAUCUGAUCAACAAGAUCAAGCCUGGUAUUAUCAAGAGGGUUAACAGGCUGCCCACGCCUAUUGCUGGACUGGACAACCUUAACGUCUUCCUCAGGGCUUGCGGGAAGCUUGGACUAAAAGAAGCGCAGCUCUUUCACCCCGGAGAUCUUCAGGACUUAUCCACAAGAGUUACAGUCAAGCAUCAAGAGACUGAUAGGAGGCUGAAAAAUGUACUAAUCACCAUUUACUGGCUUGGUAGAAGAGCUCAUUGUGACCGUUUGUAUGAUGGGCCUUACCUGAACUUCAAGGCAUUUGAGGGAUUGUUGGGCACAGCGCUAUACAAGGCUCUGCAGGAAUCGUCCAGUCAGAAAGGCAGCAACGUCAGAGACAGCGGUUUUGGAGAUAGCUGGUACUCAGAGCGAGAGGAGCUCUACCAACUGAGAGGAGGAGGAGGAGGAGGAGGAGGAGGCGGCGGCAGACACAGGAGAGACGACUCCCUGGACAGUUUGGACUCUUUGGGCUCUCGACCUCACAGCAUCUCCUCCGACACCACUCUUAAAGGCAGCAGCGAGGGUUGUUGCAGUGACACUGAGGCGGACUCUGUCUUCAGGAUGGCUGAGAACAAGGACGCUCUCAGCUACCGCCGGUCGGCAGCCAUCACACCCAAGGCCCCGUCCCGGUUUAACCAGUUUCUGCCCACUAAAGACAAACCUACAGGCUACGUGCCCGCUCCGCUGAGGAAGAAACGGGCUGAACGAAAUGAGGACAAUCGGCGCAGCUGGGCCAACCCCACAUACACAGAGGACGAAAGCACCCUCACCAGACAGCACCAAAUGCAAGAGAGUAUCGACGGGAGUAAAUCAACAAAUGAUAUCCACGUCGACCCCACCAUCAUCCGGCAGGCUCGCUACGAAGAGCUGCAGAAGUAUCGUGAGCAGAUAAAAGAGAGUGAGGAUAAGUGGCAGGAUGACCUGAACAAAUGGAAGAACCGGCGCAGGAGUGUCAACUCUGAUAUAGUGAAGAAGAAAGAGGAACGAGAGAAGAUAGAGCAGAUUACCUACGGCAGUAACAGAAGGUCCAAGACCUUAAAAGAGAUGCAAGAAGAGAGAGAAGAUAAAAGAAAAAACAGCAUUGGCAGUCGUCUUGGAUCUCUCUCUUACCUGGACAACGACGAGGACGUUUUUGAGAGACCGGUCAUUCUCCCUCGUACCCGAACCCUUCCCACCAGGAGCUACACUAUCGACACUCCUUACUGUUCCUCUGAACCCUCUGAGCCUUCUCUGAAAGAGGACAAGCCCCCCGCUGCUUCCCCAGCUACUGGCAGGGCCGCCUCCCCUCCCACCUCACACGACGUUGACGUUGCGGACAGUCCUACGGGCAGCGACACCACGACCACCAUCACUCCCAGCAUCAUUCCCCUGAGCCGCAGGUCUCUCCACAGCUCCCAGGCUCCUGCAGCUGCACCUUUACAGAGCAGUUUAGUCUCAGAACGCACCAGAACAGCCAAGACAGAGGAGACCCCACCAAUCGUCUCCUCUUCCAGUUUCUUACAAAAGGCGACCAGGCCAAGGCGCCAAUUGUCGGGAUCGCAGACUGAGGCAGAGGCCCCCUCCGCUGGUUUUCUGCACAAACAACAACCACAGCUCAGCUCAAUGGAACCCAAGCCUCCAGGGGUGUCUCGGGUUUCCGCCUCUCUCCCCAGGAGCUACCAGAGAUCGGAUAGCGCACGUCUAACCUCAGUUGUCACACCAAGGCCUUUCGGGACCCAGCCCUCCCGCAUCACCUCCCUUCCCAGAGUCUUUACAAUGGACGACUCCCACAAGCGUGCCAACGGAGACGUCGAUGUUUCGAAGAGGUCAUCUGUGCCGAACCGAUAUCACCACUUCCUGACCUCUGAGGACGAGGCUCACUCCGGCUCGGCCCACAGCAGUGGAGAUGAGGAGGAGGAGUGGGAGAAGACCGCAGCGAAGAGCAUCACCUCAGCUCAGAGAGCCUCUCCCGUCCCUCCUCUGGUCAAGGGCGAAGCUCCAUUCAAUCCUUCUGCAGCCGAAGACACCAGCCAGGAGAACUACUGUGAGAUGCGGAUCAACCUGAACCAGAAGCCCAACAGCAGCCGAGACUUUGGCCUCCAGGCAGCCUGGGACUCAACUGGAGCUCGCGUCACAUCCAUCCAGCCAGGCAGCCCAGCUGAGAUGUGCCAGCUUCAGUCCGGAGACGAGGUGCUGACAGUGAACAGGCACCAGGUGGCAGAAAUGAGCUACACGGACUGGAAGUCCUGCAUGGAGGAGGCUCUGCAGGAGGGCAGUCUGGUCAUGGAUAUUCGCCGUCAUGGCAAGAACAACUGGGACAGAGAUCAACCUUCCCUGCCAUUUAAAAGCCAUAAGACCAUCAAUCUGACCAGUACGGAUCAUCCGAUACUUCCAGGUUCCCCUGACGCAAACACUGCAAACUCCACCCUGGAUUUCACUUCACGCAUUUCCAUGGAAACGCUGCUGUCCAAGGAGGCCCCCACCAACCCAGUCAUUGACGUGGCUUCAAACGGAGUCAACGGAGGUUUCCGUGAGGAGUCAGUGACCAUGAGGAACAAAGAGUCAGAACCCAUAUCUUUGAAAAACUUAAAACGGAGGUCAGAGUUUUUUGAAAAAGGCGGCUCGGGGUCCAGUGUCAGUGCGCUGGUCUACCUCUGUGGAGGAUCAGAGUCUGCAUUGCCUGAUAUACCUGUUCCUUCAAUCACUCCCUCCUCCAGCCGCUGGUCUUGGGACCCAGAAGAGGAGCGCAGAAGACAAGAAAAAUGGCAGAAGGAACAGGAGCGCCUCCUACAGGAGAAAUAUAAGCGUGACCAGGAGAAAUUGCAGGAGGAGUGGCUGAAGGCUCAGCAUGAGAUUACCAAGAGUGAGGACCAACAAGAGCCCGGGAGCCUGGAGGUGAAAAGCCACAGCCUCAGCCCACACUCAUCACGCUUUCCAGUCAAUCAGCCCACUUCUUCUCUGUGGGGAGAGGAAGAGAGAAAGACGAAGGAGGAACAGGAGCGCCAAAGGCAGGAGGAGGAAAAGAGAAAGAGGGAAGAGGAAGAGCGAGAGCUGCAGCGUCUCCGGGAGGAGAGACAGAGGAAAGAAAGGCAGGAGGUAGAGGAGAGGAAAAGGAGGGAGGACGAAGAGCUGAGAUGGCAGAGGAAGAGAGAGGAGGAGAGGGAGGAGGAGGAGAGGAGGCGGCAGGAAGCCGCAGAGCAGCAGCGCCGAGAGCGGGAGAGAGCCUUCCUGCAGCAGCAACAGCAGCAGCAGCAUUGGGCUGGUGGCUCCCAUGGCUUUGCCAAUGUCCAGCCUCCACUGUCCUUUACAGACAGGGGAAAAUCCAAAUCAUCUUCCCAGCUUGACGAAUCAGAAAAACCUCAGAAGAAAGGAGUGUAUGUGCAGCUGGGGGGCACGGCUCACUGGCUGCGGGAGGAGCAGCUGAGGAGUGCGCUUGACAAGCAGGCCCAGAGUCAGAGGAAUGCGUCAGAGCUGGAGAUGGAGAGGAGAAGCAUCCUCAAUGCCAUGAGAUACAGAGAGCCAGAGAGAGUGACAGCCGGUGGAGUGGAUGAGAAGAGGGGUCAGCAGCCCCUGUCACAGGCUGAGGCGGAGCGGCAGCAGAUCCUGAAUGAGAUGAAGAAGAAAAAUCCACUACUGACGGACAGCAGCUGGAUUCGCCAGGGCUCAUCCAACAUCGCCGCCAACAAGGAGAGUGACGUGCCCCGAAUGCGCAGAGGCAAGUCUCUUGACAACUUGGAUGUUUCCUUCAACUCCUGGCGCUCAUCGUGGACACCCAGAAGCAACUCUUAUGUCCAAAACUACACUCGGCCUCACUCUGCCCUCCCCGGCAGCACUUCCUUUUACAGUGGCGGCUCCGGGGCCCAGCAGCCCGCUUCCUCCACUUUGCCCUACUCCUACUCCAUGGGCUCCCAAAGAGGUGGGGCAGGAACCCCCUCCUCCCCCUGGUUCCGGCAGACACCUUCCCCCUCACCCUCCUCUCCAUCACCCACCACCUCUCCAGAGCCCACCGCUGAGGCAGGCGCCCCUCAGCAGCAGAGCAGGUCAGUGAGUGGCAAGAAAAUCUGUACGUUCUGUGACAACCCGCUGGGAAAGGGGGCAGCCAUGAUCAUCGAGUCCCUCGGGCUCUGUUAUCAUUUGGGCUGUUUUAAGUGUAUUGACUGUAAGUCUGACCUCGGAGGAUCGGAAGCCGGGGCUGAAGUCAGAAUACGAAACAAACAGCUCUACUGUAACUCCUGCUACAUGCGAUUCAAAACUGGCCAGCCAACCGCUAUGUGAUGUGACCGUACUCCAGCGGAUUGAUGAAGAGACUACUUGUGACAACAACCCAUUAACAUUGAAGUGAACAUUGAAGCCAUUGCAAAUAGUUGGGACAUGUGGCUUGAAUAUACUUCCAUAUAAGACUCUAGAAAAUUCCAUUUUACUCAUUGAUGAGAAUCAUGUUUGUGUUUUUACAGUGUGUGAUUGAGAGGGUAAGCUUGCAAAGAAGUUAUCUACUUUAAUGUGUUUAUAUCGUAUUAAGUAUUACAGUUGUACAAAGUGUAAGGGUUCUGCAUGCACCAGAGUUUUUAAACGUUUUAGCCAUGAAACUAGUCAAGCAAUGAACUGACUAUAAGAUUACAGAGGCAGAGCUUUCUUGUGACCUUCACUGGGACAGAUUUUAGAGAUGUCGACUGAGAACCCUGCUGGAUCAUCUUCUCACUUUCCUGCUUGUUUUUCUGCUGAAUCUUGGGAAGUUAACAUGUUUGUCAACCAAGGUAUUUCUUGUCAUGUGUAUGUGCCUUUUCAUUUGUAACAGGGAGAAGUACUUAAGAUUAUUAGAAUUCUUUCAAAAUAUAUUUAAAAAAAAAACGUCUGCUUGGAUAGCAGUUGUCUUGAGUUAUCACUGAUAGAUGGAGGAUUGUACACAUAAGCAGGUUUCCAAGAAUAUAUAUCCUACUGAUUGGCUUUGAGGCAAACAGUAACAUUUGUAAAUAAAAUGA